CCCAAACCCUCUGAGAAACCCCCAAAUCAAAAUCCGAAAUGGUUCAAUUUCACGAGCACAUAAUCGCCGACCUCCUCGGCUCCCCACCCAACGGCAGCGGCCUGGUGAUCCUCUCCUCCGGCCUCGCCCUCCCCAAACUGAUCGCCACCCUCCUCCGCCUCCACACCCCCUCUCAGGGCACCCUCCUCAUCCUCUCCCCCCACACCAACCCCUCCUUCAAAUCCCAACUCCUCCACCACUUCCACCCCAACCCCAUCUCCGAAAUCACCGCCGACCUCCCCUCCCACCACCGCCUCUCCCUCUACUCCUCCGGCCUCCCCUUCUUCAUCACCCCCCGCAUCCUCAUCGUCGACCUCCUCACCUCCCGCCUCCCCUCCUCCUCCAUCUCCGGCCUCCUCCUCCCCUCCGCCCACUCCCUCUCCGACACCUCCACCGAGGCCUUCAUCGUCCGCGUCUUCCGCUCCCUCAACUCCUCCGCCUUCGUCCGCGCCUUCUCCGACAACCCCCACGCCAUGGUCGCCGGCUUCGCCAAGGCCGAGCGCACCAUGAAGUGUCUUCACAUCACCAAGCUCCACCUCUGGCCGAGGUUCCACGUCGAGGUCGGGACCGAGCUCGAGAGGGACGCGCCGGAGGUGGUCGAUAUUAGGGUUCCGAUGACGAAGCACAUGGUUGGGAUUCAGAAGGCGAUUCUUGAGGUCAUGGAUGCGUGCUUGAAGGAGAUGCGGAAGACCAACAAGGUCGACGUGGAGGAUCUGACGGUCGAGAAUGGGCUGUUUAAGUCGUUUGAUGAGAUUGUGAGGAGGCAGUUGGAUCCUAUUUGGCAUACAUUGGGGAAGAAGACCAAGCAGCUUGUUUCGGAUUUGAAGACUCUCAGGAAGCUCUUGGAUUACCUUGUUAGAUAUGAUGCGGUGACUUAUUUGAAGUACUUGGAUACACUGAGAGUGUCGGAGAGUUUUCGGUCAGUGUGGAUAUUUGCAGAGUCGAGUUAUAAGAUAUUCGAGUAUGCAAAGAAGAGGGUUUAUCGAUUUGUGACUUCCGGUGGGGUGAAUGUGAGUGAGCAGGGUAAGAGUGUGAAAGGCAAGAAGAGGAAACUGAAGGGGGAUAAUGAUAAAGAGCAAGAUGUUGGUGGUGCUUCAGCGGCCAGUAUAGUUUUAGAUGAAGUUCUAGAGGAAGCACCAAAGUGGAAGGUCUUACGUGAGGUUCUAGAAGAGAUAGAAGAAGAAAGACAAAAACUUGCUUCAUCAAGAGAAGAUAUUCCGGCUGAAGAUGAUAUAGUAGAUAGUGGCAUUGUUCUAGUGGCAUGUAAAGACGAACGAUCAUGUAUGCAGCUUGAGGAUCUCAUCAAUAAUGGUCCACAAAAGGUCAUGCGGGAGGAAUGGGAGAACUACUUGUUGGGCAAGGGAGAGCUGCGUGACUUGCAUACACGUUAUAAAAAGAAACCGAAGAAAGCCAAAGGUUUUGGUAUUCUGGAUGGAGUUGUUCACACAACUGCUCCCCAGAGUACAGAAGCUAGCAGCAUAAACAAGCAGGAACAUGAUGCUCUUAUGGCUGCCGCAUCUGCAAUUAGAAAUCGAGCUAGAAAAGAAGAUGCUAUUGGAGAUGAUCCCCAGCGUAUUGUUAGUGGCAGAGGACGUGGAAAGGGAAAAGGAAGAGAGGAACCUGCUUCAGGAUCAGAAGUUAGAAAUCAAACUAAAAAGUUUAAUGCUGUUGGGGAUGAUUCUCAACUUCUUGCUGGAAAAGGAAAAGGAAAAGUACGGAACAGAAAAGCCCCAGCUAGUGUUAAGACUUCGGGGAAUAAAGUCGACAAUGAUGAUAAAAAGGAAGAAACAAUUGAUACACUAGUUAUUUCUGAUUCAGAAAAUGAAGGACAAGCAGAUGAAAUCCAUCAGGCGUUGACAGCUGGUUCCAGUGAAGCUGCUUUCCAGGGUGGCCCUGUAGGUGAAGGGUUUUUGAGGAAGCAUAGACAACCCCAUUCUACUGGAUUGAAAAAUGCUAAGCCACUACCUCCGGUGCACUUUUAUGCUCUUGAAAGUGGUCAACCUACACUUGACAUUUUGAGACCCUCGACGAUUGUUGUUUACCAUCCAGAUAUGACUUUUGUCAGGGAAAUUGAAGUCCAUAAAGCUGAGAAUCCUUCAAAGAAGAUGAAAGUAUAUUUUCUUUUCUAUGAAGAUUCUUCUGAGGGUCAAAAGUUUGAGGCAAGCAUUAGAAGGGAGAAUGGAGCAUUUGAAUCUUUGAUUAGGCAGAAGUCACUGAUGAUGAUACCGGUUGAUCAGGAUGGUAACUGUAUAGGAUUGAAUCCUUCUGUAGAACCGGAUGUGUCAUUGCAAAACUCUCUGACUAGAAAGGCGGGGGGAAGAAGGGAGGCUGAGAAGCAAAUGCAGGUCAUAGUGGACAUGAGGGAGUUCAUGAGCAGCCUUCCUAAUGUUCUCCACCGGAAGGGCAUGCGCAUAAUACCUGUGACCUUGGAAGUUGGUGAUUAUAUCCUUUCUCCAUUAAUAUGUGUGGAGAGGAAGAGUAUUCAAGAUCUAUUUAUGAGCUUCACAUCAGGCCGCCUUUAUAACCAAGUAGAGACCAUGGUGCGGUACUAUAGAAUACCUGUCCUCCUGAUCGAAUUUUCACAAGACAAAAGCUUCUCAUUUCAGUCUGCAAGUGAUAUUGGGGAUGAUGUCACACCAAAUAGUAUUAUUUCUAAGCUGUCAUUGCUUGUUCUACACUUCCCUCGGCUGCGAAUUAUCUGGUCUCGCAGUCUGCAUGCUACUGCUGAAAUCUUUGCUACUCUCAAGGCAAAUCAAGAUGAACCUGACGAGACAAAAGCAACUAGAGUUGGUGUACCCUCUGAAGAUGGGAUCAUAGAAGAUGACGUGAGGGCUGAAAAUUACAAUACGUCUGCUGUGGAGUUCUUGAGGCGACUCCCAGGUGUGACAGAUUCAAAUUACAGGGCAAUAGUGGAUGGUUGCAAGAGUUUGGCAGAACUUGCUCUCAUGCCAGUGGAGAGGCUAGCCGAGUUAAUGGGUGGCCAUAAAGCAGCUCGGACGUUGAGAGAGUUCCUCGAUGCCAAGUAUCCAACCCUGUUAUAAAAGCCUCCUCGGACCAUUGCACAUCUGCAAUUGUACAGCUAGAGAGCAGAACGUAAGGAGUAGCACCAUUCAAUUAAAUUCAUCAGGGAAAUUUUCGUUUGCAAAUUGUUGUUGUAUUGAAGUUUUGGCCUGCAUUUUCCAUUGUCAUUCAUUGUAAUUUAUAAAUCGAACAAGUUGUUUUGCCAUGAUUUUGGCAAUUCGUAAGUUCUCAUGUUCGUGAAAUCAUGUACCUAUACUGGAAUGCCAG